UAAAUAUUUGAUGAGUUUUUUUUUUAUGUUAGAAUCUGUUUAAUUCAAAUUUUCUAUCAUUAAUAGGUUGGUUCACCCUUCAGUUUUUGAUUCAAGUAUGGAUGGAUGAUGACCUUAAAAUAAUCUUCGUGCUCGAUUCCAAGCAUGCUUUGGUCAUUGGAUUUGAUGGCUCGGAACUCAUUAAUGGUUAUCCGUUAAUACUUACUGGGUUCAAUACACGCCGUCGUUAAAAUCCUGUUGUGGAAAAACAGAUAAAACGACGUCGGUCUAUGAUUUCCAUUUUUGGCGGUAUUUACCCCGUGGCUUCACACGAGAGUGAAUCCCUAAAGCCUCGUUUGGUUGCUGCGAGGAACAGGCGAAGGGAAAUGAAAACAUACUCAACCUCUUGUGGGUUUUUACUGCGAUUUUCUCAGCAACCAAAUGCAACCUAACUUCAUUUCAAAACCCAAAGAAAAAAAAAGGGUAAAAAAGAAAAAGAGAAAAAAAAGGAAAGGAACACUAUUGGCAGUUAAAUAACUUCCACGUUCAACCCCGCCAAAACCGCACUCAAAAUCCUUCUCGCAGUUUGAACUGAUCACAAUCACAGCGUUUCUCCGCCAAUGAAAGACCAAAAGCCGAGAACCAGAAGAAGGCCCCUCGCACUGAUCAUCACCAUCAUUUUUCUCAGCAUCAAUGGCGGUUCAGUUUACGGGGUCCAGAUUCUUUCGAAAUCUAAACUAGAAAAAUGUGAGAAGGUUUCAGAGUCUGACAACCUCAAUUGCACCAAGAAGAUCAUUUUAGACAUGGCGGUUCCUAGCGGAUCGAGUGGUGGGGAGGCUUCCAUUGUUGCAGAAGUAGUGGAGGUAGAGGAGAAUUCAACCCACAAGAUGCAAACUUUGCGGGUACCACCCACGAUAACAGUCAACAAGUCGUCUGCGUAUGCGGUAUAUGAGAUAACAUAUAUACGAGAUGUUCCUUAUAAACCACAAGAAUAUUUUGUUAAGACACGCAAAUGUGAGCCAGAUGCUAGUGCGAAAGUUGUGAAGAUAUGCGAGAGGUUGCAAGAUGAAAAUGGUCAUAUUAUUGAGCAUACUCAGCCCAUCUGUUGUCCUUGUGGGACCCACCGACGGGUGCCUUCAUCAUGUGGAAACUUUUUUGACAAGUUGAUGAAAGGAAAGGCCAAUACUGCACAUUGUCUCCGAUUUCCAGGUGAUUGGUUCCAUGUUUUUGGUAUUGGACAACGAUCAUUGGGGUUUAGUGUUCACAUUGAGGUGAAGACAGGAUCAAAAAUUUCGGAAGUCAUUGUAGGUCCUGAAAAUAGAACAGUAAUGUCCAAUGACAAUUUUCUAAAAGUUAAUCUUAUUGGGGAUUUUGCUGGAUAUACGAACAUUCCAUCAUUUGAGGAUUUCUAUCUCGUCACUCCAAGGCAGGGUGGCCCAGGUCAACCACAAAAUUUGGGGGUCAAUUUUUCUAUGUGGAUGCUGCUCGAGAGAGUGAGAUUUACCUUAGAUGGUCUUGAAUGUAAUAAAAUUGGUGUCAGUUAUGAGGCUUUCAAUGGGCAGCCAAACUUCUGUUCUUCCCCAUUUUGGAAUUGCUUGCAUAACCAGUUGUGGAAUUUCCGGGAAGCAGACCAAAACCGAAUCGAUAGGCAUCAGUUGCCAUUAUAUGGUGUGGAGGGAAGGUUUGAAAGGAUAAACCAGCAUCCAAAUGCUGGGACACGAUCAUUCUCCAUAGGAAUCACCGAGGUUCUUAAUACAAACCUGUUGAUUGAACUAAGUGCUGAUGAUAUAGAAUAUGUAUAUCAGAGGAGUCCUGGGAAAAUCUUGAGUGUCACUAUCCCAACAUUUGAGGCCCUUACUCAAUUUGGGACUGCUACAAUCACAACUAAGAAUGUUGGUAAAGUGGAAGCAUCAUAUAGCUUAACGUUUGAUUGCUCAAGAGGUGUCACCCUCAUGGAGGAACAAUUCUUCAUAAUGAAACCAAAUGAAAAUAUAAUUCGUUCUUUUAAACUUUAUCCAACAACUGAUCAGGCUGCAAAGUAUGUAUGUUCAGCUAUUCUAAAGGACUCAGAUUAUUCUGAAGUUGAUAGAGCUGAGUGCCAAUUCACCACUACAGCUACGGUUUUUGAUAAUGGAUCACAGACUACUCCUUUUCAACCACCAAAGACCAGUAUAAAUGGUUUCUUCGAGUCUAUUGAAAGCAUAUGGAACAAAUUUUGGGAUGGUUUUGUAGACUUCAUCACUGGAAAAACUUGCAGAAGGAAAUGCUCAAGAUUUUUUGAUUUUAGCUGCCAUAUACAGUACAUAUGUAUGAGUUGGAUGGUGAUGUUUGGUCUACUUCUGGCAAUUUUCCCAACAGUGCUUGUGCUGCUCUGGCUUUUACAUCAAAAAGGACUCUUUGAUCCUCUAUAUGACUGGUGGGAGGAUCGAUUUUGGGCUGACAAUCAGAGUAUUGGAGACACUCGGCGCCAUAGAAUUGAUGUUGACAACCCCCAUAUUCAUCUCAAACAUCAUAAGCAGGAAGCAAGGCACUACAGGCAUGAUGCUCAAAGUAAGCGAAGAAGCAUUCAUGACAAGCGCAGGCAUAAGCAUUCAUUACAGGACUCUGAUUAUUAUUAUUAUCUGCACCAUGUUCACAAAAACAAGCACAAACAAGGGAGAAGUAAGAAUUCAAGUAUUAUGCAUCAAGUCUACUCAGACAGAAGGGAGGAUGACGGUAUUGGGCAGCGCAGGUGCAGAAAGGAAAGGGAGUUACCAGAGAAACAUGGUCAAGAAAAGCACGAUGAAUUCAACGAGCACAAACAUGGUCUGCUCAACGACACACAUGUCAAGCUGCAUGCCAAGCGUAGAGAAUAGUUGGAUUUCAAUUGAUAAUAAAAGUUAUCAUCUUAGUUUGCUUCACCUCGGGAAAGCAGUAUAUUGGUUAGGUAUGGGGUGGUGUUUGUUGUUAGUAAGCCUUUGACAAUUCAUGUAAUUUUGUGACUCAGAGGGCCAGUUUGCACAAAAAAGGGCGAUAUAUAUUGAAAACAUUUACACUAAUUAUUACAUGCUAAUCUUCAUACUCAUAAGUAUGCUAUAUUGGUUCUUAUA